AUGUUCACAGCUGGCUUGGGUGGGGGCUGGCUGCUAUGGACUGCCAGGCAAUCCGCCGCUACACGUUGUAGCGAGACUGGAUAUUACCAUCGAACUCACGCAAAGAUUAUGCUGCUCAGUCAUAGCGAAUUGAUCUCGGAUGUGCUUGCCCUAGGCUGCCCCUGA